AUGGCUUCGUCAGGAACAACCCUCGCUCCCGAGAUCUGGGAUAAUAUCUGUGCCUAUCUCACCCCGCCAAGUGUCGCAAAUCUUCGCCUCGCUUCAGCAGCAUUCAACAAUAUCGCUUUGCCAUGGAGGUACAGAAGCAUACGCCUAGAAGCCUUUGGUCCAUCAGUUGAGCGCUUCGUCAGCAUUGCCAAGACCCCCAACCUUCGGAACCUUGUUCGAGAAAUCACCAUCGAUACCCGUGUUGAUCUCGAUUGGCAAUAUGCCUGUAACGAGACCUACCCCUUUCCCCUGGCUUUCAUGAACGCUCUGCCCUACCUGCGAUACUUCACCAGCGUCACGGCUCUACACAUUCGCUUCGAGGAACAUUGUGGCAAUCAAGAAGAAUUUCAUUACCUGAGUCUUGCCGAAACCUAUCUUUUUCGCUACAAAGUUCUCGACACCAUUUUUCACUGUGCUGCGGGCUUGUGGACGCUUGAGAAGCAGUUGAAGAUAGACGAGGAACUCGAUGAAGAGAGAGGUGUGGAUGGAAGUGACCAAGACGAAGAUGCGGACGAAUGGGAUAAGAAGUGCGACUACAGUGACCAAGAUGUUGACUUUCACGGCUCUUGUUUCGCACUGCGGGAAUUGACCAUUUCUAACCUGGCCGACUACGCCGAUUCUGAUAUCUCGGAUUCCAAGGCCUGGCAAACAAUCAUGGCUCUCCCAACCCUCGUCGACUUUAAGCUCUUCGUCACAGCUCAAGACGAUGAAGCUGCACCAGAGAACGAGGUUUACUUUAUCGAAAGAUACGAGUUCUUUGACAGUCUGCCCACAACAUGGCUGACCCUGAACAUGUCCCAGAACUUGAGGGUCUUGUCGCUAUAUUUUAAAGAUUAUUGGGGUUGGCUCCCAACCAUGCAUUUUCGCGAUUAUGGCCACGACUCUCCCUUCCCACAACUCAAGGUCCUCGCACUCGGCAACUAUGUCUUCAGCCACGAGUGGCAGGUUGACUGGUUCCCCAUGAUAGGCAAGGAAAACGGCAGUGGAGGAUUGGAAGAGCUAUAUCUCGACGACUGUCCCAUUCUGUACCAUGCGCGCCAGACUGCUGUCGGUGACGACGGGUAUCCAGAUUACCUUGCAAUCAUCAGGGCGAGGUCGGAUGAGUACAACCCGCAGGAGCACGACUUUCACCUUCGAUGGCAUACCGUUCUUUCUCAAUGGAAGGAUCAGAUGAAAGGACUCAAAGUCUUCCGAAUGGGUCAUGGAUCAUGGUGGGGCAUGACUCCGCGAACAUUCGAUCUAAUUUCUAAUGAUCCAGACUAUAAGGAUGUCGACCGCAACGUGUUGGACCAUCGCCUAUCGUACAAUACGCACAGAACCUUUGCUUGUCCAGCCCCGUCACAGGAAAAUAGCCAGCCAGAAAUGUGGCGCCACGGUGCAGGCCUCGACGACGAGAGGAACACCAGGAUGAAGUACAUUGAUUACGACAUUGGACUUGGACCUUCACCGUGGCUUGAGCAGGAUGGUGUGUUCGAGCCGGAAGAGGGUACUGCGGACAAGGACGAGAUUGCAUGGAAUGCCUUGAAUUCAUCGCUAAUGUCUCGUGCAUUUAUCCUUACUUAG